CAUCCCACCUAACCACCAAGCCACCUAACAAAGCAAAUAUGUGCAUUCAUCUUCACUUGUCUAAAACUAAAGACCUCUGAAACCAUCGCUUGCGAAUUUGCCUCAAUGCUCGUGAAAAGUGCAUCUUAAUUAGAAUCAGACACAUCUCAUCCAUUCUUUUCCAACAUGGAAAACCACCCUCCAACAUCAAAGGCUGCUGAAAUAGAUGUUCCCCUUCAUUCCAUUGGCUUUGAGAUUCAAGACUUGUCACCACAAAGGGUAUCUGGCCAUCUCAAAGUUACUCACAAGUGCUGUCAGCCAUUCAAGGUGCUACAUGGUGGGGUAUCAGCAUUGAUGGCAGAGUCUUUGGCAAGCAUAGGAGCCCACAUAGCUUGUGGUUAUCAAAGAGUGGCAGGGAUUCAGCUAAGCAUCAACCAUUUGAAAAGUGCUGUGCUUGGUGAUUUGGUCUAUGCUGAAGCCACCCCUCUAAAUGUUGGCAAAACCCUUCAGGUAUGGGAAGUGAAAUUGUGGAAGAUUGAUCCAUCAAACUCAAAAAAGAGAAUCCUGAUAUCAUCAUCAAGGGUUACUUUACUGUGCAACAUGCGAGUCCCUGAUAAUGCAAAAGAUGCUGGAGACAGGCUCAGGAAGCAUGCAAAGCUAUGAAUAUCCCCGUUGUUUGAUAUACAUUUGUUGCUUAAAUUGAAGGACUCUAUUGUAAUUAAUUACAAAUUGUUCAACAUGGAAG